AUGGGUCAUGAUCUAGAAAACCCGGCAGCCGCCGGCACCGUGGCCGACAAUACGAUGCUAGAACAUACCUCCGCCUCUCGACCGGCGUCAUCCGACAUAGAAGCCAAGCAAGAAACACCGGACUAUGGUCCACCGAAGACACCGCUGCAUGAAGCAAUCUUCGUCAUUGUCGUCUGCGCGGCUCAGCUCAUGACACAAGCUGGGCUGUCACUUUCCAUCGCACCUCUCCAGAUCAUCAGUGCCAGUUUCAACAGCACCCCGAGAGAUCUGACAUGGGCAUCGGCUGCAUACAGCUUGACAGUCGGAACCUUUAUCUUUGUCUCUGGAAGACUGGGCGAUGUCUACGGACACAAACUUCUAUUCGUUAUUGGCUUUCUAUGGUUUGCACUCUGGUCGCUCCUGGGAGGCUUUUCCGUGUGGUCAAACCCUCGAUUCUUCGACUGUUGCCGUGCUUUCCAAGGUAUCGGCCCUGCCCUGCUUCUUCCAAAUGCAGUCGCCAUUCUAGGAAGAUCGUAUCCUCCCGGUCGCCGCAAGGGAAUGGUGUUCUGUCUGUUUGGGGCUGUUGCACCCGGUGGGUUCACAUUGGGCGCGACCUUUUCGUCUUUACUUGCUGAACGUCUGUGGUGGCCCUGGGGGUUCUGGAUCAUGGCGAUUGCUUGUGUCAUGUUCGCUAUCCUGGGAUACUUUGUUAUUCCUUCCAUGGCUCAGGAGCCUCUGCGACCGGACCUUUCGACCUUUGAUCGUUUGGACGGGUGGGGGGCUAUCACCGGCGUGUCAGGUCUGAUCCUGAUCAAUUUUGCGUGGAACCAGGCCGCCGUCGUCGGAUGGGAGAUGCCAUACACAUACGUCCUCUUGAUUGUGGGCCUCCUGAUUAUGGUCUUAUUCCUCUUUCUCGAACGCAGAGCCGCCUAUCCAUUGCUUCCUCGCACAGCAUUGAAAGGCGAGGUUGGCUGGGUUCUGGGCUGCAUUGCGGCCGGGUGGUCGAGCUUCGGUAUACUGGUCUUCUACUACUAUGACAUUCUGGAAAAUAUUGAGGGAAACAGUGGACUGCUUGUGACGGCCAAAUGGGCUGGAGCAUCUGCGUCGGGAGCUUGUGCUGCUGUGAUCACAGGCCUUCUUCUUGGUCGCAUCCCAGCGAGUAUCAUCAUGUUCAUUGCGAUGUUGGCCUUCUCAGCAGGCCAAGCACUCUUGGCGUCUAUGCCUAUCGGGCAGACAUACUGGGCUAAUGCUUUUGUGAUCAUGUUGGUCACUCCUUGGGGAAUGGACAUGUCCUUCCCAUCGGGUAUUCUCAUUUUGAGCAAUUCCAUGCCGCAGAAAGACCAAGGUGUUGCAGGGUCACUGGUCAAUACGGUGGUGAACUAUUCGAUCUCAUUGGGUCUGGGAUUUGCCGGGACUGUCGAACGAUAUGUCAACGACGAUAACAAGGAUGUACUCAAAGGGUACCGGGGAGCCACAUACAUGGGCGUUGGUCUUGCAGGACUGGGUACCAUCAUUGCGACUUGUUUCAUGGUGGUGACUUGGACAUCAUCUAGGAAAGGCUCAGCUUAA